CGAGCUGGGUCGGAGGCUAACAGAAGAGAAGAAGAAGAACAAGAAGCGGAAGACAAGUCGACGCAAACAAACGUUGGAGCGUCAAGUUGCUGAGUCACCACAACAAUUUUAAGUGUCUUUGUGUUUGCAGUCUUCACUGACGGCGACAGUCCGUCAUAUGUCGUGCAAUGGACGACGUGGAGAUAACAGAUGUGGAUGAAGGCGACGUGGUGGUGGAGGUGGACAGAACGCCCCUCAAGAACCAGGAUCUGACUUCUGUUGGCGUGAUGGCUGCAGAGCUGCUGUCUGCGUAUGGAUGGUACCUGCUGGCGGCCCUGGUGGCGGUCUACCUGCUGGUCCACUACCGGAGCAAGAAGAGGUCCCGUCAGAGCCUCCAAGGCGUCGAGUCGUCGCACAUGCAAGACGCAGACGCGGUGGUGAGACGCCAGGAGGCCAUGGAGGCGUCUCGCAGGAGGAUGCAGGAGGAGCAGGAUGCCAAAGCAGCACUCUUCAGAGAGAAGCAGAAGCAGCAAGAGGAGGAGAAGAGGAAGCAGAAGAUUGAGAUCUGGGAGAGCAUGAAGCUGGGCAAGAGCUACAAAGGAGCUAGCAAACACUCGCAGAGCAGCGACGACGGCGCCUCGUCCAGCACGUUCGUCAAACCAAAGACGGACAGGAAGUCACUUCGCAGCUCUGACUACAACCCCCUGAGCGGUGAGGGAGGGGGCUCCUGCUCCUGGAGACCCGGCAGGCGGGGGCCGUCGUCAGGCGGAUGAGGUUAAAGAACGUCAGAGACGGCGGUCGGUCUGUCUGACCUUUGCCCUCUGACAUCCCGCCAUGCACACACCAGCUGACAGAAGCUCGCAGCCUCCUGGACUCGGACACGCGCCUCUUCUAUGUUAGCGUCCGGCACGCAGACGCUAACAUGUCCCGUCUUGUCAUCCGGGUCCUGGCGGGCAGCGGAAGCUUGCAAUGACGCCGCUCUCGUAAACGGUUGCUAACCAGCGAGUGCAGCUGAUGAACGUCAACGUCUGUUUUUUUUUUUUUUUUUAAUCUGUGUACCAAAACAUUGACAGAUGUUUCAUCGCAACGCUCUGACGUGAAAUGGAAAUGUAAUCAGGACUUAACAGCAAAAUAAACACAUCAGGUGCUUCUG